GCAGCGCUGAUAGUUUACUAAAAGAAGCAAGCUUCUGCUAGCUUUGCUCGUAAAAAGAACGCGUGCCGUGUCACAAAGAUCAACAAAAGUAAUAAGACAGCUUGGCAAAGUUUUCCUGUACGGAUUAUUGGCUAAAAUGUAUCUCCUCUAUUAUCUGGAUGAAAACGGUAAUCGUGUGUACACUUUAAAGAAAAAAGAUCCUAAAGGACAACCAACACAAUCAGCACAUCCAGCAAGAUUUUCAGUAGAAGAUAAAUAUUCACGAGAAAGGAUUACAAUGAAGAGAAGACAUGGCUUACUUUUGACACAAAAGCCAGCACCUUCUUAUUAAUUAAAAACUUAAAUAAUAAAUUUUGUUUAAAAAAUGACACACAUAAGGAUUGAAAUUUGUGUAUGAAACAUUACAUUGUUAUGUUUUUAGUUAUUUGUUAAUUAUAUAUAUGUAUAUAGCAAUGUAAUGUAAACAAACGCAGAUAAAUAGAGAUGGUUAAUCUUUUCA